CUUCCUGCCCGUGCGCUGCACCGCACCGCCUGAGCGCGCGGGCGGGAGGCGGGCGGCGCGUCAAGGUCAGCUUGGAGCGGGUGGCCGCCUGCCUGGGGGCGGGAGACCCUCCUGGGGGCUGGGCUGAGGCCUCCAAGCUCCUCGGCCAUAUUGAACAGCCACGCCGAGCCGUCUUUGUCUGCGAAGACCUCUCCCAAGUCCCUGCCGCGUCCCGGGUGCCAGGACCGGGGAGGACUCGCAGCCCUCGCGCGCCAACUUGGAGUCGGGACACCACGUUACCAUCUCGGAGCGGGCCUCGAGCCUCGGGACUGAUCUCACCCCGGCUCACAUAAGCAUCCUGGGACUUGAUACCCGCCAGCCCUUUGUGGGGAGCCCGACUUGGUCAAGACUGGGCUUGUUGCAGGAGGGGACUUUGGAAGGAGAGGGGAGGUGAGACCCUCCGGGCAGCGUUGCCGGGACCCUCCGCCCCUCUUCCCCCUAGACUAGGGGCUUCCCGUCGUCUGUUUGGGCUCCUUGCCCCCCACCCCAGAUAUCACCCUGGAGAUCUUAAAGACGCUGGAGAAAAGCCAUAUCGGGGGCUGGUUCCCCUGGGGCUUCCUCCCGUCCCCCGACUGCCUCAUCCUCUGGAGCGUCCCCGAUGUCUGCAAAGAUGUGGAUCUGGACGUCCUCGUGGAAGCCCUGAAGCCCGUGGGCACCUUCAAGAAGAUCGGCAAGGUGUUCCGCAAGGAGGAGGACUCCACGGUGGGCAUGCUGCAGAUCGGGGAGGACGUGGACUAUCUGCUCAUCCCCCGGGAGGUCAGGCUGGCGGGGGGCGUGUGGAGGGUCAUCUCCAAGCCCGCCACCAAGGAAGCGGAAUUUCGGGAGCGGCUGAUCCAGUUUCUAGAGGAAGAGGGCCGCACCCUGGAGGACGUGGCCCGCAUCAUAGAGAAGAGCACCCCACACCCGCCUCAGCCCCCCAAGAAGCCCAAGGAGCCCCAGGUGAGGAGGAGAGUCCAACAGAUGGUCCCUCCCCCGCCUCGGCUGGUCGUGGGCACGUUCGACAGCAGCAACGCCAGCGACAGCGACUUCAGCGACUUCGAGACCUCCAGAGCCAAGGGCUGCAAAGGCCCGCGCAGCCGCAGGAAGGUGCGCAAAAUGCCCGUCAGCUACUUGGGCAGCAAAUUCCUGGGCAGCGACCUGGAGAGCGAGGACGAUGAGGAGCUGGUGGAGGCCUUCCUCCGGCGCGGGGAGAAGAAGCCCAGCGCCCCACCCGUGCGCCGCAGGGUCAACCUGCCAGUACCCAUGUUCGAGAACAACUCGGGGCCCCCACAGUCCAAGGCAGACAGGUGGCGAGAGUACGUCAGCCAGGUGUCCUGGGGGAAGCUGAAACGACGGGUGAAGGGUUGGGCUCCCAGAUCUGGCCCCGAGGUCGGGGAGGCCCCACAAGCCUCCCCCCGGGCGGAGAGAGAUGGGGCGGCAGGGCCCAACCACAGUGCCAGCCCCGGGGAAAACACGGGAAACGCAGGAGAUAGGAGCGUGCUGGCCACCUCCUCCAGAAGAUGGAGGCCCAAGAUCAACUGGGCCUCCUUCAGACGUCGUCGGAAGGGGGAGGCAGCAUCCCCAGCUCCUGAGGCAGACAUACCAGCUGACCAGAGGGCAGAGGGUGUACAUAACCAGGGGGCAGAGGCUCCAGCUGACCAGAGGGCAGAGGCCCCAGCAGAUCAAGGGGCAGAGGCUGAAGCUGACCAGAGGGCAGAGGCCCCAGCAGAUCAAGGGGCAGGGGCUCCAGCUGUACAAGGGGCAGGGGUCCCAGCUGACCAAGGGGCAGAGGUCCCAGCUGACCAGGGGGCAGGGGUCCCAGCUGACCAGGGGGCAGAGGUCCCAGCUGACCAGGGGGCAGGGGUCCCAGCUGACCAGGGGGCAGGGGUCCCAGCUGACCAGGGGGCAGGGGUCCCAGCUGACCAGGGGGCAGAGGUCCCAGCUGACCAGGGGGCAGGGGUCCCAGCUGACCAGGGAGCAGGGGUCCCAGCUGACCAGAGGGCCAGGGCCUCAGGUGAUCAGAGGGAAGAGGCUGGGGAGGCCCAGGCUAUCCAGGAAGCCGAAGCCUUAGCUGGUCUGGGGGCCGCCGGGGCAGCCCCAGGGGCUGGGGCUCGGAAACAAGUCAAGACCGUGAGGUUCCAGACCCCUGGGCGCUUUUCAUGGUUUCGAAAACGCAGGAGAGCCUUCUGGCACACUCCCCGGCUGCCAACCCUGCCCAAGAGAGUCCCCAGGGCAGGUGAGGCCAGGAACCUCAGGGUGCUAAGGGCUGAGGCCAGAGCAGAAGCAGAGCAGGGAGAACAAGAAGAUCCGCUGUGAGGGUUCCCUGGGGACCUCAGAGCAUCCUGUGCCCCACCUCCCACCAGCCACUAAGGUACCUCCCUCCCAGGUCCCAGCGGAGCUACUCUCUCCCUCCAGACUUGUAAAUAGAGGUGGACAGAGGGACAGGCAGCACCUCCCAUAUCUCUACCCAGUGACCCUCGUCUUAUCUAUUGUGCAUUUAUUUUUUUUUUAAUACUAUAUCCCAAAGAAUGUAAAGAAAGAAGCUGAUAGGUCAGGGUGGCAUUGCCCGGGGUUUUAACUUCUAAGUGCUCAGUUUGAAAAAGGGAGGAGGGCAGAGCAAGGGGGGGACUUCCCAGCCUUCCUGCCUCCAUUUUGCCAGCACUUGUAACUUGGCCUCCUUGAACUUGAAAAGAGGGCUUAAGCCAACAUGCAAAUAAAAGUGUCUCUGAGUUGA